AUGGCAACGUCUCCAUCUAUUAAUCGUCGUCAUAUAUCACUAUGCUCUGUAUGCGGUGAUAAAGCAAGUGGCAAACAUUAUGGAGUGAUGAGUUGUGAUGGUUGUCGAGGAUUUUUCAAGCGAAGCGUUCGACGCAAAAUCGAAUAUAAAUGCAAAGGUGAUUCGACUUGUCAAGUCGAUGUUAACCGACGAAAUCAAUGUCAAGCGUGUCGCUUUCAACGCUGUCUAGCAAUGAAAAUGAAACCUAGUGCUGUACAAAACGAACGAGCACCACGUCAUGGAGCUAAACGAGGACUGUCACUUCUUCCUCCUCCUCCUAUUCCACGAAUGCAGUGUUGGACACCACCAACAGCUGCUGGGUAUGUAAACGAGUCGCCACAAGUGACCAUACCAUUUGGCUUUCGAAAUUUAACCGUUCAUAAUACUUCAUCUCCCGUAUGGACUCGCAUGAUUUUUCAACAGCAACAAUUUAAUUCAUCAUUGGAUUCAACACAACAGACAAUAUUGGAUUUUUCUAAUGCUGAUGAAACGCCUUCAUCGCUAGAUGUUACUAAUGAUGAAAUAAUAUGUGAAACAGCUUCAUUUGUUUUACUUGAAUCGAUUCGAUGGUUAUAUUUAGUACCUUCAUUUAAAGAUUUAAAUGAAUGCGAUCAACGUUUAUUAAUCGAACAAGCAUGGCCGAUGAUAUUCUUAUUAACAUCAGCUGAAAUGAAGAAAUUUAUUGAUCAAAAUGAAAAUGAAUCAUUCGAUGAGAAAAAUCAAUAUUCAUCGUUGCAAUCGAUUAUUAAAGAUUUAAUAUUACCUUCGAUUGAUCAAACAGAAUUCGCACUACUUAAAUUAAUUAUUAUUUUUAGUAUUCCAACAAAUUUUCAAUUGAACGAUCGAUUUUUAAUUGAUAAAUAUCGAAAAGAUGCUUUAUUUAUGUUAACUGAAUAUACGAAAAAUUCUAAAUAUCGUCGAUUAGCCGAACUUUUAAUGUUAUUAUCACAUAUGCAAGAAACAAUGUCAACAAUCAAUUUAGAUAAAAUAUUUUUUCAACAUUUACUCCAUCGAAUAUCUAUGAAAAAUUUACUGUGCAAUAUUAUUCGACACAUUCGAACAUUUUGCCGAUAA